AACAUUGCAUUUGUCAUCAUCAUCUUGUCAGCACCGAAAAAGAACUUGGAAUUUGGAACAAAAUGUCAAAAAUGGUAGAUCAACCGCCAAAGAAGCUUCAUAAAAAUCCCCUUAUUAAAUCAAGAACAAGCCUUAUUGAUAUCUGAAGUACUAAGCAUAGACAAAGAACUUAAAGGUAGUGGAGUAAAGAGAGAAACUAGGGUAGAAGCAGAUUGUUUAGUCGUAACGUUUGAUGGUGUUGACUACAAGAAGCUUCGAGUGUCAAUUAAUGCCCUUUUGAAAAAUAUCUUACUGAUUAUAAAAACUUACAAUUUACUGAGUUGAUUACAAAUAACAAUGCCCGAACACACUCCAGCUCCCACUCCUGCAAGAUCUUUAUAUGGCUUUUUCAUGUAUUUGUUCAGUAAAACCAUUUUGGCCAUUUAUUGUAUAUGGACUAUAAUACCGGAUUCUUAUUUACAUUAUUUGAAGAUUUAUUACUAUCCACAAAAGUACUGGUCAAUAGCAGUUCCUAUCCAAUGUUUAGUAGGAUUAACAAUGUUUGCAUUUCUUGUCUAUCCUAGUUCAAAUUUAAUGUUAACUACUAAAAUAGAUAGUUUAAGCUCUAUCCAUGAUAGUUUUAGCCAAGUUGGUAGGAGGAGAGUAGAAAAUCGCAGUACCACAAACCAUUCAUGUAUAUGUAUUAAUGAAACUAAAUGCAUGAAGCAUACUUAUUUAGCCAGUGCUAAGGAACUCAAGGAAAAUACUGUCCCAAAAUUGGAAGAUUUAGACAUAAGAUUUGUUUGUAAGAAAUUGUAUAUGUAUAAAUAAUAAUUACAAAUUGCUUAUA